AUGGGUGUGUGUCCUGGCCACUGCACUAGCACCUCCUCUGUUGAGCGUUCCUACCAGGAGUGUCAGUCUGUCAAGAGGGUUCUGGGGUCAGUUCCCUGCUAGGCUAAACAACUGUCUGCAGAUGAGCUAAACCAAAUCACCAAGAUCACAGUCUUAGAGACCUGGGACAGAGGAAAUUCCAAGUCGAUUGAGAAGGACGGCGACACAAAGGUCCAUGUGAUUGGCGUAGGGGAAAGCUUUGGUUCACUGGAGCCUCCUGGUGUGGCCUGUGGAGGGACUGUCCAGUGUGCUCGAACCAGAGAACAGUGGGAAAUCCUUAAAAUUUCUCACACCGGAUACACCAGGCCGAAAAAGGAAGCUAAGAGCGUGGCCAUGAAAGAGGGUCUGAUCAGGAGCUGCAGGUUCUACAGCCGGUGGCCGGUGGUCUCCGUACAGACCCUGGCUCAUCUCCCCAGCAUCAGGAACUUUCCACCCAACCACGACGCCUGGAUGCAGAACAGGAGCGAGACGGGGUGGGAGGAGGAGAAAACCGCCAGUAGGAAUCUGUUUGUUGUGGUGGGGAAGCUCGGAGCGAUGGACUCCUCUGGAGAGGUCAGUGGCUUAGAGGACCAGCCUUCCGCCUCUAGCAUCGUCACGGCAACAGAGGUGGAGAUCGGCAUCAUCCAACCGGACGCUGUGAAAGGACUUGAUCCUGUGAUCUUAUCUCUGGUGUGACAGACGACCGAGGCCACUUACAACAAAACGACUCGUGUACAGCCACCUCUUGUGCACCAGCUAGAGCUUCACUAUGUGAAGGUCCUGAGAGAUACGCUGGUCUAUAACGGCAUCAGCCCAGGGAGCAGGAAGUGGACCUUCUGCCAUGGCCAGACCAAAGCCACACAAAGUGGGAACGUCAUCUAA